AACAUCACUUCCCCCGUGUGUCCUCCAGCAACUCAUCAUGGCUGCUGCUAUCAAGGCUAUCAAUGCCAAGAUCCGCUCCAACAAGGUGACGGACUACAUCUGUUCGACCCACUUCUGGGGCCCUGUCUCCAACUUCGGUAUCCCCAUUGCGGCUGUGAUGGACACCCAGAAGGACCCUGAGAUUAUCUCCGGCCCUAUGACCGCCGCUCUGACCGUCUACGCCGCUACCUUCAUGCGCUACGCCCUCGCCGUCACUCCCCCGAACUACCUCCUCUUCGCCUGCCACUUGACCAACUUCGGCGCCCAGACUACCCAGGGAUACCGCUACCUGUCCUACUGGAACUGGGGCGGCCGGGAAGCUGCGCUCGCUGAACAGGCCAAGAAGGGCAAGGAGGCCACCGAGGCUGGUGCUUAAACAGCCCGACCCUUGUACUUUUUCGUCUUUGAUUUGCAAGAUUUGUAACCUCAUCGCAGCAUUGCGUCUCUAUACACCUGCGUUCUGUUUCGUGCCAGAUUGACUGGAC